AUGGCCCCAGUGCCUUUGAUGAUAUUCUGGGAGGGCUACGUGCCGCCGGCGAUAUCAACCGCGCACGUCCUCCUCGUCACCUACCUGACCUUUGUAGUAUCGCGGGGCCUCUAUCGCUCCUACCUAGAGCUUCCGCCAUCCCAGGCCACCCGGUCCAGAAAAUCGCGUCGCCGACAACUAGUUCCCAUUUUCGCUGCGCUAGCCCUGGUGAGCCUUGCGCAUGCCGUUUAUAUCGGGUUUGACUACGCCCUCCUCUCCUACAAGGUGUGGGCGGCGAGGAAAGACAUUGCGCUACCCAUAAAGUAUGCCCCCGAUAUCCAGAAUUCUGCCUCCCUUCGCUUCGAGUAUGAUUUCAAUGAGAAACUUAAACCAAUUCUUCAAAGGCUUUGGGGACACGGCGGCAUCUUCUCCAUCCGUGACAGCCAAAUUCUAGCCCACGCCUCGCGAUGGCUAGCCGAGACACCAAUCUACGCGGAUGCUUUCGAGAUCGUGACGGAAAAGGCAAGACGUCAUUGGUGGGGCCAGCAACUCGACCUCGCGAUGCUCUCCUGGACCCUGCUCCUCUCCAUCGAAGGACGCCGACGGAAUAUCCCCUUUACCUGGGCGUACCUGGGACUCGCGCAUCUCGUCGGCCUCUCCUUUGCGCAAAACUUAUUCCACGUCGCGCUCCUCCUCACGCCCGCCCCCGUCCCUUCCACUCCGAGCGACGGCCUCCCGGGAUCGUGGUAUAUUCGAACCCGGGAUUCCAUCGUCCCGCCCAAGCCGCUAAACUGGUGCCCGCACCCGCUCUUGUACCUCUUUUGCUACGCCCUAAACGGCGGCGCCAUCUUCCUAGCCCCCGCGCUGGCGGGCACGGCGUCGUCCGUCCGGCUACUGGCCGCCACAAGAGCGUUAACGUUUCUACCUCUGCUUCUUCCGUAUCUCGUCCCGGAAUCUUGGGGUACCGUCCACCCGCACCCCCAUCGCGCUUACAGCUCCUUCUCUGCGCUCUUCAGGCUGCUAUCGGGCGUGAGCUUGGCGCUCCACGCAAGGGCGACGCUCGCCGCGCUCGCGCGUGCCGCAUACGACGACCACCGACACCGACACAGCGCCCUGAUGCACAUCGACGCCGAGAAGCUCGCCGCGUGGGAGCGGACGACGUACGGCCUGGGUCGCAUCCUAGGUGCGAGAUUCCAUCAUCCGUCGUCAACCGCGCCGCCUGGGAUGUCAUCCUCUCGGCCGCCAGCCUCGGCCUGUGGGCUGCGCCACUCUCUCACCCGACAUUACCGACGCGAGGAGAUUCUCGCCAGGACCGGCAUCACAACGGCUUCGCGUUCUGCCACCCCUUCGCCGGAACCCGCGAGACUGCGAAGUCGCCAAGCAAAGUUCCUCGCCAGGCAGCCUUCCACGAGCGACGACGAGGAAGACCAAGGGGGACGCCGAGGACGCCUACGUCCCGACACCCCAUGA